CGCUGGGAGCUGACCUCCGGCUAACGCAUGAACUUGUUAGGAUUAUCCCAGUUAGCCUGCUAGCACGCUAGGCUAACGUUAGCAGGACAGCUAGUGAACACUAAUCUCUUGACCAAAAUGAGUAAAACGAUAGAGCUACCAUAAGUGGCGGUUGUUGUCGUGUGCCAGAUUUGUGCGUUAUUCUACGAUAUUUGGGGCAAUUACUUUGCAGGUUUUUUUCAGUGGUUUAGAUUUUCUUUGUGAAUGAUCUUAGUAUUUUGUAAUCGCAGCACCCGUGUAUCAAUUACACGUUAGCGGCAGCUAGCUGACAUUAGCUGGAGAGGUUACGUUGCUCAAAGUUUGGUCUCUUUCUGCUAUUCUUAUGAGGCGUCUCGGCUUUUCUGUUAUGUGGGGCAGUUUGCUGAAAGGUUAGACAAGCUGAUCGUGUCUUUUGCGACGUGUAUAACCCGUGUGGACGCAAGGCUGUGGGGUGUUCAGCCACUUAGGACCAUGCAGUCACAAGGACAAACCAGGCAAAGCGCGCUAACUUGCAGAUGAAACUUCUGCAACACUAGAAGCUGUGGAACAACUCUACCAAGAGAGUUCGCACUCACUGCCACUCCUUUCUGCUUAUCACGUUAAUGGCUUGAUUCCUGUAACCCUGUGGUGAUAACCGUAACGUACUGUGUGGAUAAGCCUCACUAUGAGGUUUUCAUCGGGAGAUUGAAGUUUCUGAAUCGGGCGACAGCAAAGUGCAACUUUAUUCUUCAUCUUUAUCUUUUAUUCUGAUGCCACCGAAAGAAUCAGGCUUAAAGGAUUUCCUGCUUGAGCCAUCCUAACUAAACUCAAGAAACAACCAUGCCGUGGGAAGGUCCCAUUUCUCAGCUCACCAUGAUCACCAUGGUGAUAUGAAGCCAGUGUGAAACGUUAACACAUCCACAAAGACUUACACAUAGACGGUCAGUUAUUGACUGACACAGCCAGCCAGCCAGCUCGGCCGGCCGGCGUGUGUAAUGGACAGGUGUAAGCAUGUGGGGCGGCUGCGGCUGGCCCCAGACCACUCCAUCCUCAAUCCCCAGAAGUGGCACUGCGUGGACUGCAACACCACGGAGUCUAUAUGGGCCUGCCUGGGCUGUGCUCAUGUGGCGUGCGGGCGUUACAUCGAGGAGCAUGCUUUACAGCAUUUCCAGCAGCAGCGCCACCCGUUGGCUAUUGAGGUUAAUGAACUUUAUGUUUUUUGUUAUUUGUGUGACGACUAUGUCUUGAAUGAUAAUGCCACCGGAGACCUGAAGCUGCUUCGCAGUACGCUCAGCGCCAUCCAGAGCCAGCGCUAUGAGGUCACCACCCGCAGUGGACGCACACUCCGGUCUACGAGCGCAGCACCUGAUGCCGUCAUGCCAUCCGGUGCCCGUGAGCUGCAGCUGAGGGACGAGGACAGGAUGUUUACAGCGCUUUGGCACCGGCGCAGGGCUCUUAUGGGACGUGUUUUUCGCUACUGGUUUGGACUGACUGAAUGUGGAAAGAAGAGGGAGGAAGAAGAGAGAAAGAGGGAGGAGGAGGAAGAGCAGAAAAGGGAGGCAAGAGAGAGGAGGCGAGCUCUUAAAAGGCAGCUACAGGAGGAGUUGGAGAAUGCCCCUCUCAGGAAGAGUCGCAGGCUACGUCGGAAGAGCCAGCGAGUAGCCGAUGCGGCAGUCACAGCACCAUCUCAGAGGGUACGCAACAAGACAAAAACUCCUGUGCCUCCGUCUCUCACCCGUAGGCCAAGGACUCAAAGCCCUGCCACUGCCACCCCCAAGACAGGACGGACAAAAAAGGUCCAGCCAACUUCCAAACCCCGGAGCCGCUCUUCUACCACCAAAUCUAAGCCCAAAACACCCCCGGCGACCCCCCGUUCUGCACAGACACCUAUUCGCCGCAAGCAGAGUACCAAACAGGGUGGCUCACCCUUCAAACGGCGUCCCACAGUCACUCCUGGGGUGACGGGCCUGAGGAAUUUAGGCAACACCUGUUAUAUGAACUCCAUCCUGCAGGUGCUGAGCCACUUGCAUGUCUUCAGGGAGUGUUUUCUGCGCCUGGAUCUGACCCAGGCACUGGAGCUGCUGGCAUCCGCUGUCCACGGCCAACUGGCAGAGAAGGCCUCAUCCCACUCCCCACAACGGAAGGGAUUCCAGGCCAGCUCAGGCUCUGGGGCAGGGCUGAGUGGCGGAGCCUCACGGGGCCGCAGCAUGGAGCUGAUACAACCCAAAGAGCCCAGCUCAAAGCACAUCUCCCUCUGCCACGAGUUGCACACCUUAUUCCAAGUUAUGUGGUCUGGCAAGUGGGCGCUGGUGUCACCGUUUGCCAUGCUCCACUCGGUGUGGCAGCUGAUCCCGGCGUUCAGGGGCUACGCUCAGCAGGAUGCACAGGAGUUCCUGUGUGAGCUGUUGGACAAGGUGCAGCACGAGUUGGAGAGCACUGGCAAGCACACAACUGCUGCAGGAGUCCCACAGACGCAGAAACGACUCAUCAAGCAGGUGCUGAGUGUGGUCAACACCAUCUUCCAUGGCCAGCUCCUCAGCCAGGUGACGUGCCAGGCCUGCGAUCAUCGCUCCAACACUGUGGAGCCCUUCUGGGAUCUGUCACUGGAGUUCCCUGAGCGCUAUCACAAUAAUAGUAGGGAGUCGGCUGCACAGGCUUCGUGCCAUUUGACGGAAAUGCUGGCCAAGUUCACAGAAACCGAAGCACUGGAGGGAAACAUCUAUGCCUGUGACCACUGUAACUCCGCUCGACGGCGGACUUCCUCCAAGUCAGUCCUCCUGACUGAAGCACAAAAACAGCUGAUGGUCCACAAACUGCCUCAGGUCCUGCGGCUUCACCUCAAACGCUUCAGGUGGUCUGGGCGGAACCACCGGGAGAAGAUCGGAGUCCACGUCAGCUUCGACCAGCUCCUCAACAUGGAGCCAUACUGCAGCCGGGAGCCGUCGCCCAAAGUUGUGUCCUGCUCCAGUCCCAGCAGCCCCAGCUCUGCAGGCUCGCCACGCCCCAAGCACUUCCUAUAUGACCUCUCCGCUGUGGUGAUGCACCAUGGGAAGGGCUUUGGUUCUGGCCACUACACCUCCUACUGCUACAACACAGAAGGUGGCUUCUGGGUUCACUGUAAUGACUCUAAGCUGAAUGUGUGUUCAGUGGAGGAGGUCUGUCGCGCUCAGGCCUACAUCCUCUUCUACACACAGCGAGUAACUCAGGACAAAGACCGGCCGCUAUAGGACCACAAUCCCUUGAACCUCCUUCCCUCCGCUGCAGCCUGACAGCUCAGCGAGAAGAUAUCAGCACAGCCCCACCCAUCGCUCUCUUCCCUCUUCCCUCCCUUUGUUUGGGCAUUUUAUAUCCUAGGAGGAUGGGUCUUUUUAGUCUAUUUUUCUAAAUAAGGAAAAAAAGAGAGGCAAGACUCCUUUUUAAAACCUGGUUCUGCUUUGUGAACUUCUUGUAUAUGCUGUUUAUAUGUAGGUAUUUUUUUAAAAACAAAUGGUGAUGUUUGUGAUUUGUGCAGAGAUGUAUUUUAUAAAGAGAGUUAUCAGCCAAGAUGUGUCUCAGUGCCAGCUAACAGACCGGGCACGAUGACAGGUGUCCUCUACAGGUUGCACAGGUGUAUUCACAUGUCUGCCUACCUGCGCAUGGUGGCUUGUUGAUUGUAAAUGCUGUUUCUUUUAAAAUCAACUGAAAUGUUUCUCAGUCACUUUAGAUAGUCGUCACAGAACUGGAUGUAGGAUUUUAAACAUGUCAUUCACUCGCUACAGACGGCCUCCCUGUCUGUGUUCCAGACAGGUAAAACUUUAAUCGGUGUUGACACGGCUGCAUUUAGCUACUUUCCUGCCAGAAAUGCACUAAUUUUCUGGGAGCAUCAUUUUUGAACCAGUUUGUAGUUUAAGAUCUGUACACAAGCAGGGCUGGAGGUUUAUCAUUCACCCUGAAGUCCUCCUGGGUCUGUCUGGAAAAAUUGGCAGACCUCAAGCCAAAGCCUUAGGGGAAAGUGUGUGGAAAAACCUUUCAGCGUUUCCAGAAUGGUUCAACAUUUGCGUGAUGUUUAUUUUUUUCCCUCUUCUUUGACUUCCACUGGAAAGUCUCCAAAGGGAUGUGUUCAGUGUUUUUUGGGCUAAAUGCUGCCACCUCUGCGCUCCAGAAUGUAAUUGUCUUCAGAGUUUGACGCGUCUCCAGCCAGACUUGUGUACCAAAAAAAGUGCCCUUUUGUUCAGAAAGCAGAUGUAUUUUUAUAGUUCAUAUCAGUCCAGCAAAGUGGAAUCUGCACAGCUGCAGUCCCACCCAGACCAGCAUUUAGAUUUUGAAUGUAUUUUUUUUAUACAAUCCUUCUCAGAGGUUUUAGAAAGGAGGCCAUUGACUGUUUUUAAAGUUUUAUACAACCGCUGAUUGUUCAGCACCACCAGCAGUUAUGACAGACUUCACUGUUCCGCCACCCUCAAGGAGGUGUGUGUACUGUAUGUGUACAAACUGUUUUGUUCUCCAUCUUUUCAGUACAAUAUUCAAACUCUUAACAGAUUUUUUGCAGUGUCUACAGGUUGUGAUAUUUAUCUCCAUACUGGAGAAAGUUGUAGAAAAGAAAAGGUAUUCUCCACCUCAAUCAUGCUCCCUGAUUCCUCCAUCAGAGGGCAACUCGCAUCACUCUUCAUGUUUCCUUCAGUUGUCAGAUGUGAUAAAUUGUCGGCAUUUUGGUUACUUGGAUGUUUGUGAGUGUGUGUGUGUGUGUAAAUUUAUGGAAGUUAUACUAUGCAAAUUGUUACCUCAAUUUUUUUCUAGCGAAAAUUACCUCAAUAAAUGAGAAUAUUUUUUCAUUUUUCUACAAAAGAC